AGUAGGAGAGAAAUUUAUUGGUUGGGAUAAUCAUAGAGCUCCUCCUAUGCAGAAUCCAAUAUUCUUCGGGCUUUAUGUGUUCCUUUUCAUCAUAAGCUUUUGCAUUGCACCAUUGGAUGGUGAGAAUGCAACUGCUGUAAAGGUUGAUGUUGGGAUAAUUCUUGAUUUGGACACACAUGUUGGAAAAAUAAGCCGGACUUGCAUGUUGAUGGCAAUUGAAGAUUUCUAUACCAAUCACAAUUAUAGCACAAGAAUUGUCACUCACCUGAGGAAUUCCAACAAUGAUGAUGUCGAUGCAGCAUCUGCAGCCAUAGACCUGCUGAAAAACGUCCAAGUACAGGCGAUACUCGGGCCUCAAAAAUCAACACAAGCAGACUUUGUAAUCGAUCUAGGAAACAAAGUGAAUAUUCCAAUAAUUUCUCCAUCGUCAACUCCUUCUCUGUCUCCCAAAGAAUCCCCGUACUUCAUCAGAUCAGCGCCAUGUUCAUCCUUCCAGGCUAAAGCCAUUGCUGGAAUCGUUAAAGCCUUUGGGUGGAGGGAAGUAGUAUUCAUAUACCAGGAUAACAAUUACGGUAGUGGAAUAGUACCUUUCUUGACUGAUGCCAUGCUAGAAAUCGAUGCUUUUGUCCCCUAUCAAAGUAUUAUAUCUCCUUCAGCUACAGAUGAACAAAUACUUCAAGAGCUUUACAAGUUAAAGACUAUGCAGACUGAGGUUUUUGUUGUGCACAUGCUACCUUGUCUUGCUUCUAGUUUUUUUCUGAGGGCAAAAGAAGCAGAAAUGAUGACCAAGGGAUAUGCCUGGAUCAUUGCUGAUGUACUGACUAGUCUCUUGGAUUCUGUGGAUUCAAUAGUCAUUGAUGCAAUGCAAGGCGUAAUAGGGGUGAAGGCUCAUAUCCCGAAAUCUAAUAAACUCAGCUACUUCACUAAAAGAUGGAGAAAGAAAUUCCAGGAUGAGAAUCCAGACACGGAUAAUCUUCAUCUCAAUGUUUAUGGGCUGUGGGCAUAUGACAUGGUUACGGCAUUGGCAACAGCUGUGGACAAAGUUGGUGCAGUCGUCCAGCAGUUUAAAAAACCAGUGACUAGAGAGAACUCGACAGACCUGGACGCAAUUGGAACUUCAAAUAUUGGACCAACACUUGUUGAUUCAGUUAGGAAUAUUAAUUUCAAAGGUUUAAGUGGCGAUUUCCACAUCACUGAUGGACAACUACAGCCAUCUACGUAUGAGAUUGUGAAUGUAAUUGGUAAUGGAGAUAGGACAAUUGGAUACUGGACUGAACAACAUGGCAUUUCAAAGACAAUGAAACCAAAUGGUAAAGCUGUGUAUCCGACCGACAAGGAUAAUCUUGUAGCCAUUGUUUGGCCAGGUGAGACUGGAGUUAUUCCGAAAGGCUGGCAAGUGCCAACUGGCGGGAAGAAGUUGAGAAUCGGAAUUCCUGUCAAAAGAGGGUUCAGUGAAUUUGUAAAAGUGGAAAAGAACCCUGAAAGAAAUGAUUUUAUUGCAACAGGUUUCUGCAUAGAUGUGUUCAAAGAAGUGGUGAAGUCAUUGCCAUACCUUGUCCCUUACGAAUUUAUUCCUUUCGCAACCCCUGAUGGUCAGAGUGCUGGAACUUACGAUGAACUUGUUUACCAGAUCUUUCUCGAGAAAUAUGAUGCGGUUGUUGGAGACGUGACCAUUGUAACCAACAGAUCCAGGUUCGUUGAUUUCACCUUACCUUUCACAGAAUCUGGCGUGUCAACAAUUGUACCAAUCAAGAAUGAUGAGAGGAAGAAUGCCUGGAUUUUCAUGAAACCUCUUACGAUGGACCUCUGGUUAACAAUUGGAGGAUUUUUCAUCUACACUGGAUUCGUGGUUUGGGUUCUCGAGCAUCGUGUGAACAAAGAAUUCAGAGGUCCACCUUCCCAACAAAUUGGAAUGAUCUUCUGGUUCUCCUUCUCAACACUUGUUUUCGCCCAUAAGGAGAAAGUAGUAAACAACUUAUCAAGAUUUGUGGUUAUUGUAUGGGUGUUCGUGGUUCUUGUACUGACAUCAAGCUACACAGCCAGCUUGACAUCCAUGUUAACUGUACAACAGCUUCAACCUUCUAUCUACGAUCUGAUAAAAAAUGGAGAGUACGUUGGCUACCAUAGUGGAUCAUUUAUUCCAGGACUCCUCGUGGACUUGAAGUUUGAUAGCUCCAAAUUUAGAAAUUAUAGCACUUACGAGGAGUACAACGAAGCCCUUUCCAGAGGUAGCAGAAAUGGUGGAGUUGCUGCAAUUGUUGAUGAACUUCCUUAUAUUAGGCCUUUCCUUGCUAAGCACUGCAGCAAGUACGCCAUUGUUGGUCCAACCUACAAAGCCGCUGGCUUUGGAUUUGCAUUUCCAAAGGGUUCUCCCCUAGUCCCUGAGUUUUCAAGAGCAAUUCUGAAUGUGACAGAGGGAGAGAAAAUGGUGAGAAUAUCAAGAGAAUGGUUCGGUGAGGAAGAAGGUUGCCCUGGGAAAGAUGGAACUGUGAUUAUCUCCAAUCGUCUCUCUCUCGAUAGCUUCAAGGGCCUUUUUCUUACUGCAGGUGUAUCAUCAUCAUGUGCUCUCAUCAUAUACUUGUCCAUCUUCUUUUACGAGAACAGAAUCAUCUUAGCCUCAGGCACUUCCAUCACACAAAAGCUUUCUUUACUAGCAAAAACCUUUGACGAGGAAAACAAUAAGUCAUCUGAAGGAUCCAAAAAACAAGGUGGGAUAGGUGAAGGGGACAGAACAGCUGAAUCAAUUGCAGUAUCUCCAGACUUUCCACGAAGUCCAGCAAUCAGCACUUUUUAUCACCCUGAAGGAGUGUUUUCUCAAGAAGAAGGUUUCUCUACAACAGAACCGGGAACUCCAUAUCAUGAUAUCAUAUAAACCUGACAAAAUUUUGAAUAUUUCUACAACGUAAUGUAUUUGUAGCUAACCCAAUAAAUAGAAAUGUUAGCAUAAUCUCAUUCUGAACAUUUUUCCCUAGUAUCGAAGGGAAAGGAAAA